CGUUCCGUUCCAAAGCUGCCUGACGAAAACUCCCACGCUUGAAAAAAGCUCUUAAAAAAAGCUCUCUCUCUCUCUCAAACUCAGAACAAGAUCGUCGAAUACCGACCAUAGAAUUCUUCUCCCAUCAAAGAUCCACUCCGUCUAUUGUCUUCUCUAGAGGAUAUUUGCUGAUUGAUAUUACCUUGAAGGAGUAAUUGGUUCAGCUGAUUAAGGAAUGGCCUUUGUUUCAUCGAUCAACGGUGCUGGUUUAAUCAACCCGAGGCUGGAUAGUUUGCAUUUGAAUGUAGACCAUUCUCUGUUUAAUUUAAAAUUUUCGAGAUUCGGAAGAUCUGAUAGAUACACGAGAAAGAGAUAUUUAACCACAGAUGUUAGAGCCGUUGUUGCAAAGCCAGAAAUAGAUUUUAAGGAUCCAGAUUGGAAGAAGCAUUUCCAGGAGGAUUUCGAAGAGAGGUUCAAUUUGCCGCAUUUGAAGGAUGUUUUUGACCUUAAGCCGAGGCCCACCACGUUCUCUCUCAAAAGCAGAGGUCCUCAAGUAGUGAAUGGUAUCAGCGCACCAGAGGAGAGGCGGAAUGGUUAUGUAAAUGAUGAUGAUAGGGCACUUUUAAAGGUUAUAAAGUUCUCUUCACCAACUUCUGCUGGAGCUGAGUGCAUCGAUCCUGAUUGCAGCUGGGUGGAGCAAUGGGUCCACCGUGCUGGGCCACGUAAGCAAAUAUACUUUGAGCCUGAAGAAGUAAAAGCUGGAAUUGUUACUUGUGGAGGGCUCUGUCCCGGUCUCAAUGACGUCAUUAGACAGAUAGUGAUCACACUUGAAAUCUAUGGAGUUAAGAAGAUUUUUGGAAUCCCAUUUGGUUACCGUGGGUUUUCUGAUCAGGACUUGGCCGAGAUACCACUUUCACGCGAAGUGGUUCAAAACAUUAAUCUCGCCGGUGGAAGCUUGUUGGGAGUUUCUCGCGGAGGGGGCAGCGUCAGUGAUAUUGUAGAUAGCAUACAGGCCAGGGGAUUUGAUAUGAUUUUUGUACUGGGCGGGAAUGGCACACAUGCAGGAGCCAAUGAAAUUCAUAAUGAGUGCCGCAAGAGAAGGAUGAAAGUCUCUGUUGUUUGUGUCCCUAAAACCAUUGACAAUGACAUACUUCUAAUGGAUAAGACCUUUGGGUUUGAUACUGCUGUAGAAGAAGCUCAACGGGCAAUCAAUUCGGCAUAUAUUGAGGCACAUAGUGCAUAUCAUGGCAUUGGUUUGGUGAAAUUGAUGGGAAGAAGCAGCGGUUUUAUAGCUAUGCAUGCAUCGCUUUCUAGUGGGCAGAUUGAUAUCUGUUUGAUUCCUGAGGUACCUUUUACUUUAGAGGGACCAUUUGGUGUCUUAAGGCAUCUCGAGCAUCUAAUAAGGACUAAAGGAUCAGCUGUGAUUUGUGUGGCUGAAGGAGCAGGACAGGACUUGCUACAGAAGUCGAAUGCUUUAGAUGCAUCAGGGAAUGUGGUGCUUGGAGAUAUUGGUGUCCAUAUCCAACAGCAGAUCAAAAAGUAUUUCAGGGAGAUAGACUUUCCGGCUGAUGUCAAGUAUAUUGAUCCAACUUACAUGAUCCGAGCAUGCCGUGCAAAUGCAUCUGAUGCCAUCCUCUGCACUGUACUAGGCCAGAAUGCUGUCCAUGGUGCAUUUGCCGGGUACAGCGGCAUUACAGUAGGCGUAUGCAACACCCACUACGUUUACCUUCCAAUUCCAGAAGUGAUCACAUGCCCAAGGUUUGUUGACCCCAACAGUCGGAUGUGGCAUCGGUGCUUGACAUCCACGGGCCAACCGGAUUUCCUCUGAUUUCCUUCAAUACUGUGAUUUCUUACUGAGAGAAGCAAUGGCAAGUAGAGACUGAGGUUGCUGUUUGCUUUUGCCCAAGCGUGUCCGUUCCUGUAAAAUUCAGGAUGUUUUGAUUUGGGCCAUUUUUUUCGACGGGUGAUAAUAGCUGCACAGGGUGGAAGAGCUCAAAUAAGGAUCUUAAGUGGGCCAGCAGUCCUGUAAUCAUGUGGUGAAUAGAAAAAUCUUCCUUUUUAUUAAACCAAUAAAAUGUCGAGCACAGUGGAUUGAUUAUGUUUGUUGGAACCAUAAAAUUUUGGACUUGAAUUCUCACA